CUGCGUGCUUACAUAGACGGCAAAACGCCUGGGGAAUCGUAGGGAAGAGGAAGCCAGCCGGCUCUCUGUCUGCCUGCUCCAACUUCCUGCUCAGAAAGAGAAAAAGAAGCCAGGAUCCUAUUUCAGUCCAGCAGAGCCGUGUAGCCUAGCUAGACGGCAGUCAGUCAGCAUGGAAAAACAAGGGGUCAUACACAUUUCAUCAUAAACGUUUUCAAGGAGUGGAAGGAAAGGCAAACAAGAGAUCGCAGGUAUGGACAGUGCCAUCACGUUGUGGCAGUUCCUGUUGCAGCUGUUGUUGGACCAGAGCCACAAGCACCUGAUCUGCUGGACGUCGAACGACGGGGAGUUUAAACUGCUCAAGUCUGAGGAGGUGGCCAAGCUGUGGGGGCUCCGCAAGAACAAGACUAAUAUGAACUACGACAAGCUGAGCAGAGCCCUGAGAUACUACUAUGACAAGAACAUUAUCAAGAAGGUGAUCGGACAGAAGUUUGUCUACAAGUUUGUCUCGUUCCCGGAAAUCUUAAAGAUGGACCCAGCAGCAGUAGAGAUGGGCUUGGCUUCCGGUCGGGUGACGCUCCACGAAGACCAGGACUUCCAGGACCUGGAUGUAGAGGAGGAGGAGGAAGAAGAGGAGGUGCAGCAGCAGAGGAGGGCCCUGGGGGCGGCGUUGGAGGUGGCUGCGGCGGCCCAGCAGGCUGCGUGUCAUAACAAGUACUUCGGCCCUGGCCUCUACUCCUCCUUCAGCAUCAACACCCUCCAUUCUCCUCCAGAGGAGCUGCUCCGGGCCCUGAGGGAGAGACAGCAGGACGAGGCCCGCUCCGGAGUCAUCCGAUUUGGGACGGGUACCACCGAGAAUACUCCACCCUCACCGUCCCUCAUCAAGCCUGAGCCUUCAUCACAAUCCUUCAGCACCCACAGGCCAGCCAAAUCCUCCCCUCUCCACCAUUACACCCACCACCAACACCAGCGCCACUCCCCGCCCUCCUCCUCCCCCCACAGCCAUAACCCCCAGCCAGGGCCAGGCCGAGGAGGCUGGAGCCCAGAGGCUGAAGAAGAUGAGGAGGGGGAGGACUCAGACCAGGGAGCCCAGCCUCUGAAUCUCUCUUCUGGGCAUAGAGAGAGAGAGCAGGCCCUGCAGCCUCCGGAGAAGAGGACCAGUGGUGGUAGUAGAGUUAGUGGUAGUAGUCAUGGAGACAGUUGUCAUGGACUCCCACCCAAAACCAAUAAGCCCAAAGCCCUAGAGAUCUCCGCCCCCUCCCUGCUCUUGACAGGAAGUGACAUCGGCUCGAUAGCCCUCAAUAGCCCCGCCCUACCGUCCGGAUCCCUCACCCACGCCUUCUUCACUGCACAGACUCCAUCUGGUCUGCUGCUGGGCCACAGCUCUCUGUUAUCAGGUGUCCACUUCUGGAGCAGCCUAAGUCCCGCAGCCCCUCUGAGCCCGGCCAGGCUUCAAGGACACGGAUCACUGUUUCAGUUCCCCAGUCUAAUGAAUGGACACCUCCCCAUGCCAAACUUGGACGGGUCCCCCUCACCCCUGCUCCUGUCCCCUGCCAAUCACAAGUCAUGAUUCAGGCUCUCAAAAACCCAAUCCAGCCCAUUGGACCAACUGCCUCCUGCAUCAGCAACUCUUCAAUGUGAAUUCCCAUCAGCCUUCACUUGAUUUUCUUCCAAAUUUGCUUAUGAUUUGGAGUCUCAACCCACCCCUCCCCCCUCAGCCAUCUCAACCCCCCCCCCCCCCCCCUCUGAACCCGCCUCCCCCAUUUUACCCCUCCAUCCAUCUCACCCCCCUCUGAACCCCCCUCCCCCAUCUCUAGAAGUAUAAUUGUGAUCAUCAUUACAGAAUGUGAAACAUUGUUGUUUUCAUUGUAUGAUAUUGAAUUGUAUUGAAUGCACUAUGCUUUUCAAAUAGCGCCGGCUGUGCCUUUUGAAAAUGAAAGACCAUUGACGUGUUUUUUGUCCCCCCCCAAAAUAUAUAUAUAUAUAUGAAGACGGGGUUCCAAAAUCAAUGAAAAAGCUUUGUAAUGUUCUUUGUAAUGUUCUUUGUAACACUUCGUAAUGUUCUUUGUAAUGUUCUUUGUAACACUUUGUAAUGUUCUUUGUAAUGUUCUUUGUAAUACUUUGUAAUGUUCUUUGUAAUGUUCUUUGUAACACUUUGUGAUGUUCUUUGUAAUGUUCUUUGUAAUGUUCUUUGUAACACUUUGUAAUGUUCUUUGUAAUGUUCUUUGUAAUGUUCUUUGUAAUGCUCUUUGUAACACUUUGUAAUGUUCUUUGUAAUGUUCUUUGUAAUACUUUGUAAUGUUCUUUGUAAUGUUCUUUGUAACACUUUGUGAUGUUCUUUGUAAUGUUCUUUGUAAUGUUCUUUGUAAUGCUCUUUGUAACACUUUGUAAUGUUCUUUGUAAUGUUCUUUGUAACACUUUGUAAUGUUCUUUGUAAUGUUCUUUGUAAUGUUCUUUGUAACACUUUGUAAUGUUCUUUGUAAUGUUCUUUGUAACACUUUGUAAUGUUCUUUGUAAUGUUCUUUGUAAUGUUCUUUGUUUAUACUGGAGCGGAUCUAUACAGUAUAUAUUCUGUAUAAUGUUAUAUUGGUCUUGUUUUGAAUAAAACUGAAGCAUUGAAUGCUGUAA